AAGGAAUACAGAUAACGGAGAAAUGGAGAGAAAAUCGGGAGUGCUGGUAAACAAUAAACACGCAGUUUUUCAUCCAUCGUUCACUUCCAGCAGUGGACGGCAGUGAAGUGCGCCAACAAAAGUCAGCACAGCUCGGGUCAAAGGUCCACGGCGCUCUCCACGAAGCAGGGACAUCCGUGCGGGGCCGACACAACGCACCACAUACACAACAACGGCAAGGUAUAAUGGACUCCAACAGUGAGGAUGGAGACUAUCAAAAUCUUGAGCAUGCCUUCCACCAUGAUGCAGCCCAGUACAGAGUGACCUACCCUCGUGGGGGAAACACGAAAGAGGUGGAUUAUGAUAAAAAUGAGGAGUCCAACAAAAAGAGGUAUCCAGUGAGUCGCUCUGGUAACAACCCAGGCAGAGUGAAGCGGGUGGUGUCCUGUAAGAGGAAGACCCAUCAUCUGAUGGUGGCUCGGAGGAAGCAGCUCGGGUCUGGGAGGAAUUAUGAUGCUGCAAACAAGGAGAAUGAGAUGAACUGCGUACAGGACAUGCAACAGGAGAUAUUUGACAUGGACCCCUGGGAGUUCCCACUAAAUGUCAACAAUAACCACAAGGCUGGCAGAACAGGUCCUGAACAAAGCGACUACUCUACACUCACUGAGCUCACAAGGGAUCAUAAAACAAUGACUGAUGUGCUCUUUGGAAGAAAUCUCAGACUGAAAGUAGCUUUAACACUGUGGCAGAGAAAUGUUGGAGAGCUACUGACAUACUUUCUGAGAAUCCAAGACACUGGUGCGUUUGUUGAUUUUCUGCCCCUGAUAAGCAAAAGCAUUGACAAGGACUCUACAGAGAUUACCAUUGGCUGUUGUGUUGACCUCUUUCCUUUAGUCAAAAAAGUCCUUGCCAAUCCAUACGAAGAGUAUCUUAUUGUUGGUUUAAACUGGAUCAAUUCAGUUUUGAAAAAGUGGUGGGAGGAACUAAAUGCAAGUGGCUACAGUGGAUCAUCUAAACCUCUGUUAGAUAAGAAUUUCCAGGUCUAUAAUCAGCAGUUAUUGGAGUUAUGGCAUCAGGAGCCUUCACUGAAAUCUGCUCCAGGAGCUGCAGGAGAUAUGGCAAAGGUCAGUGCUGCCAUUGAUUCCUUUCUGUCCCAACUCACCUGACAGCAAUGAAGAGCCAGAUAACAGAUCUUUCUCUGGUAACAGUGCCCUCAAAUAUUUCGAAAGUAUCCUUGGUGGAAAGUGUAGAUAGGACCUGCUACUGUGUUUUUAGAUUGCACUGUAUAUUGUCUGUAGAGAUUGGUGUAUUUUGAUCAGUUAAAUACUGAGAAUGUGCAAUAUGAAAUUAACUGUGGCAAAUUUGACAUUAUUAUUAUACAGUUUAAGUUAUGUCACAGAAAUGUGGAUGCUUUGAUGGCUGUAACAAUAAACACAAGAAUUUUGUUUCAUUGAUAUGUUGUUUGUGUGUAUCUCAUUUAAU